AUGGUCGAUUUAGGAAGUCUCGUAACGCAAGGGGUGGAAACACAAAGACUUAGAUGGUCUCGUAGCGCAAGGGGUGGUAUUACGGUGACCUUAGAUGUUGGUGUACACCGAAAUGCUAAGGGUGGUAAUAUGGUGACUCUUGUGUCGCCGAGGGGGCAUGGUGCCAUUUGGGUGAUAGUCGAUCGAUUGACCAAGUCAGCGCACUUCUUACCUAUUCAGGUUACAGAUUUGAUAGAUACGCUUAGUCGUUUGUACAUUCAUGAGAUUAUCUGCCUUCAUGGAAUUCAUUUGGGCGAGGCUACGUUGGUUGGGCCGGAAUUGAUCCAAGAAACCUCCAAGAGUAUGAAAGCGAUUCGUCAAUGUCUUCUUGAAGCACAAAGGAGAACCACCGAGCAAGUCAAAGUGAUUCGUCAACGGUUAUUAACUGUGCAAAGUAGGCAAAAGAGUUAUGCCGAUUGUCGUCGCCAACCGUUAUUGUUUCAAGUGGGGGAUCACGUGUUUCUUAAGGUGUCGCCGCGUCGGGGAUUAUCUCGUUUUGGGCAAAGGGGCAACCUUUCACCGCAUUUUAUUAGGCCAUUUGACAUUAUCGAGAAGAUUGGGGAAGUCGCAUAUCGAUUGGCCUUACCACCGAGAUUAUCAGGCAUUCAUGAUGUGUUCCAUGUAUCGAUGUUGUGGAAGUACGAGCCGGAUCUGUCACACAUUCUAGAGUGGUCCGAACUUGAGUUGGAAGCCGAUGCAUCCUAUGGCGAGGAGCCGAUACGUAUUCUAGAUUCACAUGAGACAGUUUUAAGGGGUAAAACUAUUCCGUUAGUGUGA